AUGGAGUCCUACGAUGUUAUCGCCAACCAGCCUGUGGUGAUCGACAACGGGUCCGGUGUGAUUAAAGCUGGUUUUGCUGGUGAUCAGAUCCCCAAAUACUGUUUUCCAAACUAUGUGGGCAGACCCAAGCAUGUUCGUGUCAUGGCAGGAGCCCUCGAAGGUGACAUCUUCAUUGGCCCCAAAGCUGAGGAGCACCGAGGGCUGCUGUCCAUCCGGUAUCCCAUGGAACAUGGCAUUGUCAAGGACUGGAAUGACAUGGAGCGCAUCUGGCAAUAUGUCUAUUCUAAGGACCAGUUGCAGACUUUCUCAGAGGAGCAUCCUGUGCUCCUGACAGAGGCGCCUUUAAACCCACGGAAAAACCGAGAACGAGCUGCUGAAGUUUUCUUUGAGACCUUCAAUGUGCCAGCCCUCUUCAUCUCCAUGCAAGCUGUGCUCAGCCUUUAUGCCACAGGCAGGACCACAGGAGUGGUGCUGGAUUCUGGGGAUGGCGUCACCCAUGCUGUGCCCAUUUAUGAGGGCUUUGCCAUGCCUCACUCAAUCAUGCGCAUCGACAUCGCUGGCCGAGAUGUCUCUCGCUUCCUUCGCCUCUACCUGCGUAAGGAGGGCUAUGAUUUCCACUCAUCCUCAGAGUUUGAGAUUGUCAAGGCCAUCAAAGAAAGAGCCUGCUACCUAUCCAUAAACCCCCAGAAGGAUGAGACGCUGGAGACGGAGAAGGCUCAGUACUACCUGCCCGAUGGCAGCACCAUUGAGAUUGGUCCUUCCCGAUUCCGGGCACCUGAGCUUCUGUUCAGGCCAGACCUGAUCGGCGAGGAGAGCGAGGGCAUCCACGAGGUGCUGGUGUUUGCCAUCCAGAAGUCUGACAUGGACCUGAGGCGCACCCUUUUCUCUAACAUUGUCCUCUCGGGAGGCUCCACCCUGUUCAAAGGUUUUGGUGACAGGCUACUGAGUGAAGUGAAGAAACUGGCUCCAAAAGAUGUGAAGAUCAGGAUAUCUGCACCUCAGGAGAGACUGUAUUCCACAUGGAUCGGGGGCUCUAUCCUCGCCUCCCUGGACACCUUUAAGAAGAUGUGGGUCUCCAAGAAGGAGUACGAGGAAGACGGUGCCCGAUCCAUCCACAGGAAAACCUUCUAA